AAAGCCCAGCCAGGAGGGCAUGGCCCAGCGGUUUCGUAGGCCCCUCGGCUUCUGCAGAGCCCGGGAGUUGUCCUAUUUCCAUAACGGAGUUCAACUGGUGGACCCCUCAUGCGCAGACAAAGGCAUGACCGUGUCACCUCGGACCCCCUGGUCUCCUCAGGAAUGAAGGUUGUUGCCAGUCUCCUCAUCUUCGUCUCCUGCUUGACGGCCCCCACCCACUGCAGCUUUUGGCAGUUUCAGAGGAUGGUCAAACGCGUCACAGGGCGGAGUGCCUUCUUCUCAUAUUACGGAUAUGGCUGCUACUGUGGGCUGGGGGGCAAAGGGGUCCCCAUGGAUGACACUGACAGAUGCUGCCUGGCACACGACUGCUGCUACGAGAAGCUGAAGGAGUUUGGCUGCCAGCCUGUGUUGAACAGCUACCAGUUCCACAUCAUCAACAGAACGGUGGUCUGCACACAUGUGUUGUGUGGGGAGGAGACCGGGUUCCAGCCAACUCUCCCACAUCCCCUCCAUCUCCAGGCCUCUGACGCCUCCCGCUGCCAGCAGAGGAAAGUGGAAAUGCAUGCAUCUCUAGCUGGAAUCAUCUUGUUUUCGUCUUUGUUUACUUCUCCAUCGACUCUCCCCCAACCAGACUGUAAGUUCCAAAAUCAGGUGGAUGUGCCCUUGGUCCUGGUGUCGGCUGCCUCUGCGGGCGGAAGGCCUGUGAGUGUGACAAGCGAUCUGUGUACUGCUUCAGAGAGAGCCUGCCCACCUACGAGAAAAACUUCAAGCAGUUCUUCUCCAGCCGGCCCCAGUGUGGCAGCCAUAGACCCCAGUGCUAGGGAGGUCACAGGCCCCUUGUCCUUCAGCAUCUGCUUAGUGUCAUCCCCAGCAGGCUCCAGUUCUUCCCCUAGGAGAGAGAACAAAACGUCUCCCCCGAGAGCAGCGUCUUCAGCAUUCUGGCCUAGGAUGCUCCAUGUCGUUCAGCACCUGAGGACUGAAGGACACCUGCCUCUACCACGAGGAAAAGCCUACAUUAGCCUGCUGGAGGACGAGACCCCCCCCAGAUCAGAGCUGCCAGCCCGGGUGUCUCAGCUGAGACUUUGGAUGCACAUAGAAGCUCAGUGAAGAUCAGCAAAGCCGACUCAGGGCCGACCACAGACACGUGAGAGAACCUGGCUGACCCAAUGGCUGCCAGGCUGUGCCCAGGCUAACCUGGAAACCUGCAGGACUACGAGCUAAA